UCCCUUCCCAAAGAGCAGCCCUCUGCCAGGGCCCCUCUCUCCACCCUUCAAUACCCCAGCAGUGUUAGCCUGGAUGCUUAAGCUCGUGGCAGUCAAAGGCUGGAUUACGUGAGGCUUCACGAGAGAACACGGGUCACCAGCCGCUUCGCUGUGAGAAGUAAAAUUAAUGGUGUGAAAAAACGAGCCUGCAGAGAGGUGGAAGCAGGAAAUGUCACUAACACAAUCCACUUCCUUCUGCACUGGGGGACGGUCCGACCCUGAACCUCACACUUCUCAGUAUCUCUUCGGACAGCAGAGAGCUGGCAAAGGCUGCGGAGUUUAAAGGUCGCCCCUCUGACAACAAAAUGGCUCCGUCGACCCCUGUGUGUGGAUUGUCUCUUCCAUGCCUGGUGCUGCUGCUUCUCCUGGAGAUCCCUGGGGCCGGGGCCCAGGAGUUCCAGCUGCUGCAGCCCCAGGGCACCGUGUCGGUGUCAGCGGGAGAGACUCUCACUCUGAGCUGCUCUGUGAAUGGGAAUGCUACACCAGGAGGCGUGAAGUGGUUCAAGGGCUCGGGCAGUGGCCGCCAGCUCGUUUUUGCAGACACGGGAUCACUCCCCCGGGUGACGCGGGCUGUGAGUGGCUCUGACACAGACUACACCAUCCACAUCAGUGACACCCGCCCCGAGGACGCCGGGAUCUAUCACUGUGUGAAGUUUAAGAAGGGGUCGGGAGCCGAUGAGGAGUUCAGAUCCGGCGCUGGCACGACCGUGUCUGUGAGCGCCAGACCGUCGGCCCCGUCCGUGUCCGGCCCCCCUAGCAGGGCAGAGCCGGGUCCCCCAGUGACUUUCACCUGCACGUCAGGAGGAUUCUCCCCCAGAGACAUCGCUGUGACCUGGCUCAAAAAUGGGGCCAAACUCCCAAACUCCCAGACCCGGGUUCUCCCUGCACACGAGAACGUCUCCUACAGUGUGUCCAGCACCGUGGGGCUGAGCCUGACCCGAGGAGAUGCCCGCUCCCAGCUCACCUGUCAGAUAGAGCACAGCACCUUACCGGCUCCCCUGCGUGCGACUUACCACCUCAGCGAUGCCCUGCGAGUUCCACCCAGGCUGCGAGUGGGCACUGACCCAGCGGUGCCCAUCGCACUGAACGCGUCUGUGAUGUUCACCUGCCGCGCGGAGGGGUUUUACCCGAAGGACGCGAGUCUCACCUGGCUGGAGAACGGAAAUGAGACGAAUCUGGGAAAAUCCUCCCCCUUGGCUGAGAAUCCAGACGGGACGUACACGCUCCAGAGAUCCCUGGAGGUCAAAGCAACCGAGCAGAGGAAUCAGUCUGUGUUCACCUGUCGGGUUGUGCACGAUUCCCAGCCCCCCGUCAGUGCCAGCAAGAUGCUGAGAUCAUCCCAGACACCUCCUGAGCCAGGUAAAGAUCCCACUUCAUUUACUGCAGGUAAAUGUGCAGCAGAACCCUCCCCUGCACUGCUGGGAAAUGCCAGGCCUGGUCUCCAGAACCCAGGGGCCAUUUCAGCCCAUCUCCCCCAGGGGAGCCCCUCAGUGUAACAGCCACUCUUUUAUUCCAGGAUUAUCGCUGGGCUCAGCUCUCCUUGGGCCCGUGGGCGGAGCAGGAGGGGGAUGGUUGGGGGCAGGAAAUGUCACUGGCCGCACUCUGUGCCCAGGGCAGAUGCUCUGUGCAGCCCUGCAGGGUGUGACUGUCCCUAGAGAGGGGCUGGAACAUGGUCACUCCUGCAGAGCUGGGGAACCCAGGACUCCGACACUGCUCAGGGAUUUGAGGUAAAAGUGAUUUUGGGUAAAAGUGCAGGUGGCUCCUGAGUCCUUAUCCUCCUGCUCUGUGAAGCUCGAGGUCUCCACUGUAGAGUCUGGGCUUCCCUGGGGCCAGCCAGCAGCGUGUGGAUACAGCUGCCAGGCAGAGCUGGGCAAACGCUGCUGGGGCCAUUUGUCAACCUGCUGCUCACAGAUAGGAACUCGCCAAGCCCCAUGGAAGGCCAGUUUCCUCGGAGCCCAUAAAGGUGUGUGAGAGCCAGGGCGGGAUGGCCGGGAACCAGCAGUUCUCUUGUCCGCAGGGAUUCCUGUCCAUUGGAUGAUCUGAUUUACACUGCAGGUCAGAGACUGUUCUCCAGCCCAGCUCUCUGGAUCGGGCUCUUCCUGGAGAAGGUGCUGACUGCCGCCUUCCUCCUCUUCCUCUCCCUGAGAAGUAAACAGUA